CCGCUGGCAAUACUUAAUAUGCGAUUGUGACACAGUGAGUUAAUGCGGUGCGACUGCUGAGAUGCAUGCACGCAGUGCAUGAUGAUGGGUAGGUAUUUUCGGGCGUUUUGUAUAAGUAUGACCACAUCGCGCUGGAGCGAAACCGAGAAUGACGGAAGCGGGGACUGCUUAGUUUGGCUAUCUAUCUCAGUUUGCGAUCUCAAGCAUUCGUGGCUUCGCCAUACAUCGAACCAGAGUUGUCGCGAACUAAGUAAUGACCGAUUCCUCCUACAUAUACGAAUCCUAUCGCCAACAUCACCACAACCGUGACAUCCACAGCACUAGCUGCCAACACCAUAAACCAUGAUCGUCCACCACGAUGAACCCUUACCCGGCCAAGGCGCAGUAAGCCUGCUCAUCCUCGGCGCAGGCUGGACAUCCACAUUCCUGCUCCCACUGCUCCAGCGCGAGGGGAUAAACCACGCCGCGACAACGACAACAGGGCGUGACGGGACCAUCCCAUUCAUCUUCGACCCAGAGUCCGAAGACACCAGUCCCUUCACGGCCCUUCCCCCCGCCAAGACAAUCCUCAUCACCUUUCCCCUCAAAGGCACGGGGCAGUCCUCGCGUCUCGUAUCCGGCUACGCCGCGACACACCCCGAUAUCGCCCAGGACGUGCGGUACAUCCAGUUCGGGGUGACGAGCAUCUGGAAGGCCGAAGACUGGCAGGACGAGAACUCGCCCUACGACACCUCCAACGCGCGCGCCAUAGCCGAAGACGAGUUGAUGCGUGUGGCGCCCGCUGCGUCCGUGCUGAGUCUCGCGGGUCUGUACGGCGGUGCGCGGCAGCCGCGUAACUGGGUGCAUCGCGUGAUUACUUCGAAAGAAGCCCUACGCGCGAAAGGCGCGCUCCACGUGAUCCAUGGCGAAGACGUCGCACGGGCAGUAGUGGCUCUGCAUCGCAAUUUCACGCCCAAGAAGCGCUGGCUGAUGUGCGAUAUGCAUGUGUACGACUGGUGGGAUCUCACGGAGGACUGGGCGAGGCAGACGCUCGGUGCGGAAGAGGGGAGUGUGUCUGCCGAGGAAGUCGAGAAGCAGAAGGAUUUGCUGGCGUGGGUGGGGGAAUUGAUGAUGGAGGAGAAUAUUCGCGCUCUGCCUAGGGAUAUGAAGCUCGUGGGACGCAGGUUGGAUGGGAGGGGGUUUUGGCAGCAUAUGGGGAUAUGGCCUACGCAGGGACGGAUUCGAUAGGCGUGUUGAAUAGAUGGAAAUAGUUUAAAAGGUGAUUGUGACGAUGGCAUUGCGAGGAAGUUCUUUGCGUUGAUACAGUCACUCAAAAUCAUGUGAAUACACACAAAAUAGU